ACGUCCUUCCUCUGACCAAAUGAAAACCGUGAAGCAAGAGGAACUCCAAACAAAGCUGUCCUUUUUUUUUCCUUCCCCGAUUGUGUUUUGUCUUUUCAAUUUUUUUUUCCAUUUUCGCCGGAAAUCAUCAACGACCAAUUUUGUGUAAAGCUUCUCGUAGAAAACUCACAGUAUACUCUCUCUCUCUAUAUAUAUAUCUCUUCCCAAAAUCUGAUCUCCUUUCCUCAAACCCUAAUCUCAAAAUCAGAUUUAACGUUUCACCUUCCGAAUCCCAAAAUCAGAGAUUCAAUUCUGGUUUUUUUCUUCUUCUCUUAAUUCGUUCUGAACUUUCCAAAUUUAGUAACUUUCCCCUCAAAGUCUGGAUUUUUCCUGAUCCAGUUUCCUUAAAUGUAAUAGAUCGAGACCGAGAGGGUGUGUUGCAUGAGGAUUUGGUGUUUCCACUGCUUCACCGACGACCACGAAGAAGAAGAGAACAGAAACAGAGGCGGAGUUUCCCAUAGACUGCAGAAACAAUCAGCCAUGGAUGAUAACAACAACAACAACAAAGGUGGAGACUUUGUCGGUUUCGAUCUAAACGAUAGAGAGUUAGGAGUCGCAGAGAUGCUGGCGAGGGAAGAGAACGGUGCUGAAUUGGAGCGAGUACGGUCAUCUGAGAUUCGCUCGCAUCAACUGGUUCAAGGAGAGAGUAGCAAUGAGGAUUGUACCAUGGAGGAAGCUGAUCACGACUCGUACCACAAACGUGCUAAAGUGUACUCUGGCCUUGCCGGGAAAGGUACUAUUCCUGAAGAUGUAGGCUCAGACAUACCCUCUGAAUCUAGUGAAGGUGGUAAAGAAAACGUUGUGGAGCCUUCGCAGGUGGUUAAAGCGAUGCUUUCUGAAAGCCAGACCCAAGCAACAACAGACUUAUCUGAUACUCUUGAUGCAGCAUGGAUAGGUGAACAAACUGCCUCGGAGAAUAAUGGUAUAUCUCGUCCGCCUAGCAGAGCUGCUUCAGCAAACGGAACUCAGAGUUAUGAUUUAAAGCUGUCGGAUUCAGAAAGUGGGCUGACCUCCAAUGAGGAACAGACAAUGCAAGUUCAGAUGCCUUCUCCUAGCUUUUACUAUUCUCUCAACAAGAAUUAUUCGCUUAAUUCACGCAAGCAUAUCAUGGCUGAAGACCGGCCUGUUUACGUUUCUUCAUAUAGAGAGCUUGAAUGGCAAAGUGGUGCAAGGCUGCUUCUUCCUCUGGGGAUUAAUGACUUGGUACUCCCAGUUUAUGACGACGAGCCUACUAGUAUCAUAGCCUAUGCCCUUACCUCAUCAGAGUACAAGGCUCCUUUUCACUUUUUGAUUCUGUGAUUCUUCUCUCGUUGAACUCUUUGAGCGAUUUGUCAGUUGACGUGAGUAGAAGCCUUAGCUCUGCUGAUGAACAAGUCUCGCAGCUGCUGCAGUCAUCCUUGUAUUUGAAAGAUCUGCACGCUAGAGUCUCGUUUACAGAUGAGAGUCCUCCUGGGAAAGUGAAGUACUCUGUGACGUGUUACUACGCGAAGGAGUUUGAGGCACUGAGGAAGAUUUGCUGUCCUUCGGAAACUGAUUUCAUCAGAUCUCUUGGUCGGUGUAGAAAAUGGGGAGCUCAAGGUGGAAAGAGCAACGUCUUCUUUGCGAAAACUUUGGAUGACCGUUUUAUCAUCAAACAAGUUACAAAGACAGAGCUUGAAUCCUUCAUUAAAUUUGCGCCAGCUUACUUCAAAAUACUUGACUGGUUCCAUAUGUACUAAAAGUCCUACAAGCCUUGCAAAGAUCUUGGGAAUCUAUCAGGUCUCAUCUAAACACCUUAAAGGAGGGAAAGAGUUCAAAAUGGAUGUGUUGGUGAUGGAGAAUCUUCUCUUCAAGCGUAACUUCGCUAGGCUUUAUGACUUAAAAGGCUCCACUCGUGCUCGUUACAACCCGGAUACAAGUGGUAGCAACACAGUUUUGCUGGACCAGAAUCUGGUCGAAGCAAUGCCCACAUCUUCAAUUUUUGUUGGGAGCAAGGCAAAACGGCUUCUUGAAAGAGCCGUCUGGAAUGAUACAUCGUUUCUUGCUUCAAUACACGUAAUGGAUUACUCUUUACUGGUCGGGGUAGACGAGGAACGAAGCGAACUUGUUCUAGGAACCAUCGACUUCAUGAGGCAAUACACUUGGGACAAACAUCUUGAGACUUGGGUCAAAACCUCAGGGCUACUUGGAGGACAGAAGAACUCAACUCCCACGGUGAUAUCACCGCAGCAAUACAAGAAACGUUUCAGGAAAGCCAUGACAGCUUAUUUUCUGAUGGUUCCUGACCAAUGGUCACCUGCCACGGCUGUGCCAAGCAACAACAGUUCUUCAGCAGAUGUGAAGGAUGAUGAAGAGAGAGACGAUCGUCAAGGUGUUGCUGGUAAAAACUCUCGACUCAUCUUUCUGCAGUUUAGCAAAUAUAGCAAGACAUUACACAAUAUUGGGUUUAGUAAUUGUGCUCAAGUUUUUUUUGUUUUUUUUUCCUUUUGGAAUGGUCUUUGGGUAAUACCUGUUUAUGAUUUUACCCUUAGCCUUAAGUGGCCUAUAUGUUAUAGCUCUCUUUCAUCGCCUUUGCAUCAGAAUUAAUAAAAGCAAGGUGCAAUUGUAUAUACAAUGCUUCUUUCUUUUAGUUUCUUGUUACUUUUGUUUAUGACAUUUUUCAUAUCAAUAUACUCUCUAGUAUAUAAUU